UUCUUUCUCAUUUCCUUCUUCCUUCUCCUCCUCCUCCUCCCCCCCCUCCUUCCUUCCCUUACUUGCUGGGCGAGUAUGAAGAUUUUGUUCUGAUUCUGGUCUUCGUCGUCGUUUUUGUUCUGUGUUCUUUCUCUCUCUGUUUGUGGAUUCUCUGCUAGUUUAGUUUGCUUUUCGGUCCACUCUUCUUUUUCUUCUGCUUCCCGCAUCCUCAGCUCGGAAUUCCUGGGUUUUAAAAUCUGAUCGGUUCUCCGAGCUUCGUUGUGUUGACUUCAUCACUGACCUCAGUUCAACUGCGGUCGUUUCUGAGUUUUGCUUCGUUUUUCUUCUCUGCUUUUUUGCACGCUCUGCUUCUUCCCAGGUCAAAAGCCCUUCUUAUCUUGAAUCCUCUCCUGUUUAUUGCACCAAAAAGGAAUUGGGUGCUUGAAUUCUCAAAAUGCACUGAAGAUUCAGCGAUUCUCCGAGACGAAUCCUCUCUUCCUAACCCCCAAUUGUUGAAAAUAAAAGAACAUAUCCAAAACAGAGAAGGCGUAGCUUGCAAAUGGCGUCCUCUGAGAACUUGGCUAGCCUCGAGCCGUGGAUUCCUCGGCUUCCGUUCGCCGAUUCGUGGUUUUCUGACGCCUUCGCUCGCGACACCGAAACCCUCACAAAAGCUCUCCAGAAAUCUCUCUCCGGCGUGCCGGAGCCGUUACCCAUGGCCUCGAACAACUUGUCUUCCUUCUUCGACCUCAAGCCCGAAACGCAGACGCCGACCGUCUCCGGCGUUUCGGGCUCAGACCCCGAAACGGCGCCGAAACGCCGGGUCCCCGGCGGCGCCAUCGCCUGCGCGACCUCCGGGAAGAUCGCGAAGCGCAAGUCGCGCGCCACCAAGCGGACCCACACCACCUUCAUCACGGCAGACCCCGCGAACUUCCGGCAGAUGGUGCAGCAGGUGACCGGGGUGAGGUUCAGCAACGGGCAGCUACCAGUGCCGCCAGUUCUGAAGCCGGAGCCGCAGCGACUAGGUAACCGGCUGCAGGGGUACCUACCCACGCUCGACACGUCGGCGUUUUUGCUGGACCACCACCACCACCAUCACCAGGUGUUGAGUCCGGCAGCAACUUCGCAGUCACCGCUCUCUUUCGAGCCGGCUGUGGUGAUUGACGGUGGCGCCGCCGCCGCCGCGGCCUUGGAUUUUGACGGUUUCGGGAGCUUUCCGACCCUGGAGUCUUGGAAAGUCAUGUAAUUUUCUUUUGGAAUUUGUUUUUAAUAUAAAUUAUGUAAGAUGUAUUUUACCAUUUAGGCGAUGGGGAAGAUGUGGCGGUGGUGGAUUUGUUCAUAUUUUUGGGAAAGGCUGUGGCAAUGGCUGGUUUUAGCUUUGUUUUACAUGCCCACAUCCUAUAUUUUCAGGCGCUGUACUGCUGAUAUGGUAUAAUGUGAAAGGGAUCUUUUUCCUUAA